AAGGAGUCCUUCCGUGAGACGGUAAGUUCAUUAAUCUAACUAUUAGCCUAUUACAUUACAUAUAUGUCCACGGAAUUUCAAUUGUUUGGUCUACCCAUUCAUUGUUUAUUCUCUCUUGCUGAAUUAGUGGUUUCUUUUUUUUUUUUGAAUAAGUUUUCACUAGAAAACUUUGAGGAAAGUAGUUGAAUUAUAAUUUCAAAUAUUAGAUAAAAUUCAUUAACUAAGCUUCGAUCAUUAUUCUUACAUAUUUAGCUUUUACAUAAUUACUUAAUAGUAUACAAUAUUACACACACACACCUCGUAUGUGUGAAGUGAAUCAGUGUGUAUAUAACUAUACCAAUCGAGUACUUUACAAUUAGUAAUCACAACAGCCAAUGAGUUAAUAACUAUGUAACUAAAUAUUUUGCCUAUUACUGUUCCCAUAUAUGUUCUACCAUAUUAGAGAGUUUGACCCUUUUUUUUACAAUAGACCAAAUAGAAGAGAAUAUGAUGUGUUGUAAUUUGUAAAUAUUUACAUAUAUGCACACCUCCUACAUGUGUAUAUACUAUAACUCAUUAACUCUAUUAAGAAUAACUAUUUUUACCAUCAGAAAUUACAUACGUCAGUCAAAUUUAAAAAUCAUAAUCAUAAAGGCCUAACACUAGAAAAGUUAAAAUCAGUAAUGUAAUGAGACUAUUAUGACUAAUAAUGGAAGAAAAUAUUUAAUACAAUGUAAUUAAAUGUAAAAAGACAAAAUUAGAGAUACUCUUAUUGAUAAUUACAUAACUUUUAUUACAUAUUGCCUUUUGUAUAUAUUUUUAAAUCUCACAGAGUUUUUCAACAAUUUUUUUUUUUGUCCACGCAUAGGCUUCUGUGAUUACCAAUUAUAAUGUUUAACUGACAUGUAGGAUAAAUUAAUUUCUUGUUGUCAGUAGUAUAAUAAAAUUAUGUAAAGAAAAUGCAUGUCUACAACAUUACAAAUAUACAACUCAUCAUAUCCUCUUUCUGAUUGGUCUAGUGUAAGAAAAAAAAAGUUCAAACUUGUUUAUAUGGUAAAACAUAUAUAGGGACAUUAAUAGGCAAAUAUUACCUUCCUCUUUUUACAGGUUCAUUAGACUAACAAACACAAGACAACUAAUAAAAUGAAAAUAAAUUGAUAUAAAUCUUCUUAUUUAGAAAGCUUUUAUAUCUAUAUUUUCCCUUAAAUCUUAUAUGUAUUUUUCUGUUACAGCCUUCCUAUAAUUUGCUUUUUACAUUUAAAAAUACCUUUCUAUAAUUUGCUUUUUAAUAUUUAAAUAAUACCUUUCUAUAAUUUGAUGAAACGUCUUUUGUGGACCUAGCCAAAAUCAAAGUUAGAAACUCUCUAUAUAACAUUUUACCCAUCUAGUCCCUAAAACCACCCAAAAUCCUCUUCUCUUCUUCAUUUUUUUUUUUCACCAUGGGAAGAAGAAAAGUUACACACCAAUUGAUUUCUGACAACGCCACUCGCCGAGUUACAUUCAGAAAACGCAAAGAUGGUUUAUUGAAGAAGAUCUAUGAACUGACCGUUCUAUGUGGUUUACCCGCUUGUGCCAUCAUCUACAGCGAAUACAAAGAUGGCCCUGAGCUCUGGCCAAACCUUAACGAGGUUCGUUCUAUUCUUAACAGGUUAAGCGAACUUCCGGUAGAGAAGCAGACCAAAUACAUGAUGGACCAGAAGGAUCUCAUGAACAAGAUGAUCCAAGACGCAGAGAAGAAGUUGGAGAAGGAGAAGAUGCAUACUCGUGCGAUGAAACUUGGGUUAAUGGCUGGGUCUAAUGAUCUAAUCACCGAUACUGAUUGUUCGGAGGAACUGGCCAGAGCAGCUGAUGUGGUUGAUAAGAAGCUCAAAGCCAUCAGAGAGAGAAUCAAGGCUGUUGAAGCAGGAGCACCAAUCAUCAAGAGAGACUAGGAUGAUGUUUUCAAAUAACUUCUUAUCAUUUUUAUUUCAUGGUUUUUAAUUAUUUUCAGAUUAAGAUGGUUUCGAUUGAUGGUGUUUAAAGUUCUGUUCAAUGAUUUGCUUUUGCACUCUAGGAAGGAUUAGGAGAAUGAUAUGAAUCUCUUUGGCCUUUGUAUGGUGUAAUAUGAUCUUUUCAGUUUAUGACCAGAUUUGUUUUAUAUUUUAGGAAGAUUUUCUCCCUUAUAUGUUUGUUGUUUUAAUUUUAUUUCUAUCUUUUUUAGUCAGCCUAAUGUUCUAUAUGUUACAUAAAAUCUUUU